GUCCCCCAAAUGGAUAUCAACGGGACAUGCCCCCCAAAUGUCCCUAAAUUAACAGGAAGUGACCUGUAUCAACAGGACGUGUCUCCGAAAUGUCCCCAAAUCAUCAGGAAGUGACCUGAUAGAUCUGUAUCUACCACAGCAAAGCUCCGUUGUGAUUUCUCCAGAAAUUGCAGUUUCUAGUUUAAUCCAUAAAUUUAUGGCUAACUUGUUUGAAAAGUGAACCAAUAUGAACAUGAAACUACUGUACAUUCAUACACCUAGAGAUAUAAUCAUGGGAUUCUUCUGGGGACUUGGCCCGUCGACUCUUCUCCUGGCGUUGUGGCUGUGCGGGUCGUGUUGCUGGGCACGCUCGGAUGCUCCUCGCGGGGUCGCGUUGGGCUUUGUUUUUGACCCGAAAGCGAUUUGCCAGCCGCCGUGCCAGCACGCCGGAGUUUGCAUCCGCAACAACACUUGCCUCUGCAGCCGCGGCUACGAGGGAGAAAACUGCCAGUAUGCUAACUGCUAUCCCAAAUGCAAGAACGGAGGACUGUGUCUUCGUCCUGGAAAAUGCAGGUGUCCAUCCGGCUUCGGUGGGAGAUAUUGCCACAAAGUGACAUGUGACGACGGCUGCUGGAACGGAGGCGAAUGCAACGCCGUCAAUGGUGUAGCCAAGUGCAUCUGUCCUUCCAGCUGGACGGGCUCCAGAUGCCAAGAAGCCAUUUGUCCCCAAGGCUGUAAGAACGGGGGGCUUUGUAUGGCCCCUGGAAUUUGCAGCUGUCCUGAAGGCUGGCUGGGAGGUGCCUGCCACAUUGCUGAGUGCACUUUACCGUGCCUGAACGGAGGAAAAUGUAUUUCCCCCAACAAAUGCCGCUGUCGUCCCUCCUUCUCGGGCCCUCGCUGCGAAGAGAGGAAGAGGCGCCACUAGAAACCCAUCACAGUGGUCCCAUUUUGUUUUGACUUAUCAUUUAUUCUUUUUUUAAUUUUACAAACACUACUUUGUGUAUCUAUGUACUGUACUUUGUGUUAUUAAACUUAACUGUGUAAUCUGCACGUUUGUGUCAAUAAAAAUUGAGUUCCAACAACACUCUUGUCAACUUAUUUUAAGUGGCUUGCUAC